UUUUUACUCAUGUGUUUUCAUUCAAAUGGCGAUUAAAGUUAGGUUAUAAUAGUGCAUUUAUAACAAUUAUUAAUUAUCCGUCAACAAUUAUUUAAUCGUAUCAAAAAAUACGAAUGUAAAAUAUUCACGUUUAAUCGUUAACCUACUAAUUAGUUAUUAUUAUUAUUUAUUGAUGCGAGUAAUUUCUUUUUUAAUGAAAUGUCAAAAUUUUUAGCAAUGGAACAAAACACCGAACGUAUAAAAUAAUGGUUUCUACACGUGGACCUAAAUUUAAAUUCUGUGAUGGUGAAAAAGUGCUUUGUUAUGAGCCUGAUCCCACGAAAGCUAAAGUGUUGUAUGAUUCUAAGGUUUUAGAUGUUAUUAUUAAUAAAGAUCAACGAGGAAGAAAAGCAGUAGAAUAUUUGAUACACUUUCAAGGAUGGAACUCAUCAUGGGAUCGUUGUGUAACAGAAGAAUAUGUUCUAAAAGACACCGAAGAGAAUCGACAACUUCAGAGAGACCUUGCACAGAAAGCACAACUUCAACUGGGAGCCUACUUAUAUCGCCGAGAACGUAAGAAAAGAAGUCACAAAUUAUCAGAUCGUCUAAACGAAUCAGAAAAUCAGGAACCACGGAGGAGAGCGAGAAGCGGUGGCAGUAGAGCUACUUCUGCUACUACUGGAUCUUCUGAAGAUGGUAGUUCAGGACAACAGGCUGAUUACGACACAGAAGAAAUUAUUACAGAAGAAGAUAGCGAAAGUAGUUCAGAUUAUGUUGGUGAAAGUAGUGAUGAUGAAGGCAGUGGUGGUGGAAGUCAAUCUGGUGCAAGCGUUAAGCCAGGAGUUGAUCUUGAUAUAGGUACCACCCUGAAAAGAAUUUUGGAUUUAGAUCAUGAUUUAAUUACUAGUAAAAACAAGUUGGCUGUAUUACCUGCGCAACCAACAGUUUCGAGUAUUCUAGAGUCAUGGGUGCAACAUUUUACUACAACACAAUUAACAAACAUUCCAGACAAACCGCAACGAAAUAAAACUAAUAAUUCCAUAGAAAAAACAAUAAAUGAAGUUAACAUAUGCAGAGAAAUAGCAGAUGGAUUGCGUAUAUACUUUGACUUCACUUUACAUGAUCUUUUAUUAUACAGACAAGAAAGAGAACAGUACUGUACAUUAAAAUCUUCAUUUUUAUACGCGGAACAGGUGCAAAUAAUAAAAGAAGAAACGAUCGAACAUACAGAUAUUUCGAUCAAAGAAGAAUUCGAAGAUACAGAAUAUGCUCAUUUACCACCAUUUCAAGAACACGAACAAGACAUAGAAUCUACUUCCAAAAAUACUAUUAAUUCUAAGCGAAGAUUAAGAUCGUACAGAUUUGGUUCUGUAGAAGAAAAUAGACAAUUGCGUUCUUUCGAUGAUGUUAAAACUGAUCCGGGAAAUUUAUCGAGCAUAGCAAGUACAAGCUCCAGAUGUUCUAGUCCACGCGGUGUAACACUGAGAAUGCCUGUUAUUCCCUCUGCCCAAAUAAACGCUUUACUACAACAAUCGAAUAAAUGGAGAUUGAUACCGGAUUCUUCGACGUGUAGUAAUAAUACUCCAAAUCCUUCUACUUAUUACGGCGCUAUUCAUCUUACACGACUAUUUGUGAUAUUACCUGAUUUGUUGCAAUCCGCUGAUAUUCCAAAUAAAAAAUUAAAACUUCUAAUGAAAUAUUUAGAUAUGUUUCUCAGUUACUUGGAAAUGCAUAGAGAAUGGUUUGGGGAGCAAUUUUAUAUGCAAGUAGAUAACCAAUCAAUGAUACAAGCGAGCAGCUCGUGACAUAGAUAAAAAUUCGGUAUAAUAUAUUGAUAUUUAAUCUAAUAUGAAACUAUUAGACAUACCAUCAACUUAUAUGUUUGUAUAUGUUAUAUCAAAGGAUAUAAAUUCCAAAUAAAUAAUUUUUGUGAUAUA